AUGUGGAGGGAAAUAAACGCUACGCAGUUCAGUGUCGAUGGUAUACCAUUGGGGACAGUUGAACAGACAGCAGCUAGAAAUAGGACGGCAAGGGCGCUGCAAUUUGGGGUCCCUGUACAACCUUCUACAGCUGAAGAUGACAGCUUACGUUUAAGCCUAUCAGGUGGUGUUAGAGUAGCUACUAACCCGCCAGAUAUCCUGACAGUGUCGUCGACAAGCUCUACAGAUGCUACGCCAACGACGCCCACCACGCAACCUACAAGCGAGACAUUCUCAUCUAAGGACCUGGAAGAUGACACAGGUGAUGAAACGAUGGGGGACCAUUCUCUUGAUGUGGGAGUACACCUCGAUAUAGCCCCUGCUUCUGGUACAUAUGGUGCCUUCCCUGCGAAUGCCAACGAGUGUGUGACCGGUGGUCGCAUGGAUAUAAGCGUAGUUCCGAAUUGUGAGUUCGGAAACACUAGCAGGUCUUUGGUAGCAAUUAGAGAGACUCCAGUACCGACUGUAUUGCGUGACAGUGACGCACCACCAUAUUUUGAUGAUCCCGGUGAAGAAGAUCUGCUAAACAGGGCGUUAAAAGACGCUGAUUACGAAGGCGACGAGAUAUUCGUGGGGAGGAUUUUCAAAAACAAGGAAGACUGUACCAUCAAAAUGGCUAUCCACGCAAUACGUCGGAAAUUCCAUUUUGUAACCUCAAAAUCGAGCACGAUGAAAGUGUUGGCUGUAUGUGUUAGUCACACAUGUCCAUGCCGUGUGUUUGCACAUAAAAUGGAUGACAGCGACCGACUUGAGAUUAGAAGCAUUACUUUACAACACACUUGCAGUGUCGACGCAAGAGGAGAUUUCCACAAACAAGCAACAACUACGGUUAUUGGAAGUCUGAUGAAGACACGGUAUGCCGGCGUUGGUAGGGGACCACGGCCAAAUGAACGCCGUCACAUACUUUGUCAAGAGUUCAGCCUAAACGUAUCUUAUUGGAAGGCAUGGAGAGCGAGGGAAAUUGUGAUGGACAAUGCCAUGGGCUCAGCCAUAGGAAGCUUUGCAUUGGUUCAACCAUAUAUCAAGCUGCUCUUACAAACAAAUCCAAACUCAAAAGUUGCCCUGGAAACUAAAUUAGAUAGUAAUGGAGUUGAUCGGUUUAAGUAUCUCUUCCUCUCACUGCACGCAUCAAUCCAAGGAUACGCCUACAUGAGAAAGGUAAUCAUCAUAGACGGUAUGCACCUACGAGGCAUAUAUGGAGGUUGUCUCAUUGCUGCAAGCGCUCAGGAUGCAAACUUCCAGGUGUUCCCUCUUGCGUUUGCAAUAGUUAACAGUGAGAACGAUGACGCCUGGACGUGGUUCUUACAAAAGCUAACGGACAUCAUGCCAGACGAAGCAGACAUGGUAUUUGUGUCCGACAGGCACUCCUCUAUAUACUCAAGUAUACGUCAG